AUGGCCUCUGAUGGUGCGUUGUUGCCCACAGCACUGAGUCCUCGCGGUCAGUAUGGCACCCUGAGUAGCAUGUACGGUCGGAAAAAUGUGCUUCUCGGCGCUUAUGCACUUUUUGCCGUGGGAUGUCUAGCAUGUGGUCUUAGUGGCUCGUUGGAACAGUUGGUUCUCGCCAGGGUCUUAGCGGGGAUCAGUGGUGGAGGAAUGAUCUCGCUGGUUUCCAUCAUUAUCACAGACUUGAUUCCCGCCGGCGACGUAGCUCUUUUCCGAAGCUAUGCAAAUGUUGUCAGUGUCCUUGGCAGAAGUCUCGGUGCGCCGUUGGGAGGACUUCUGAUACAGACUAUCGGAUGGCGAUGGUCUUUCCUUGGUCAGCUUCCUCUAGUUAUUAUCUGCGGCUUAGUGUCGAUCCAUGGCCUUCCACCCUCGUUGAAUAAUCGCGAAGUCGAAGAAGACCAUCGGAAUGCUCCUCCCACCAAGCUGUCGGAGGUCGACUUUGGGGGUCUUUUCUUUCUUGCUCUAGCCACUGUCAUUUUGCUUUUCAUUCUUCAGAAUGCAAGUGUCACGACAGGGGACCAUAGUCACUUGAUAACAUUGCUGGUGCCGUCCCUGGUCGGGGCUGUGACAAUAUUCAUCUUGGUUGAAGCGUUCUGGGCUCGAAGGCCGCUCAUUCCGCUUAAUCUUAUGAUAAGAUCGUUGGGAGGUUAUUCCGUGGGACAGGUGUUGAUGAACGCUGCUCGUAUGGCGCUUGUGAGCAACCUCGUCCCCUAUUUCAUUCGGGUUGAUCACGCUAGCAACGUCUUCGUUUCGUCCACGUAUGUCAUCAGCUCCGUGGGGAUAUCCAUCGGAGGUGUUGUAGCCGGCGCCAUCAUCAAGAGAACGAAGCGUUAUAAGAGCAUGACAGUCACUGCCGGCAUCAUCGCCAUCGCGGUGUAUCUCCUCAUCUUUGCACGCUGGCGCGAUGGCUGCUCCAUCCCCGAGAUAUUCUACUUAUUCCCCAACGGCAUUGUUGCCGGUGUUUUGUUCUCCACCCAAUUCAUCGGAAUGUCGUUCGGCGCGCCGAAAGGGUGUCUGGAGACCUGCAUCACGACCUAUUAUCUGUUCCAGCAGCUGGGGUUGAUCAUCGGUCCUGCGUCAGGGGCGGCGGUCGUUCAACGAGUAUUCGGGAGUCGUCUCUCACAGAACCUAGAAGGCCUCCUAGAGAAACAGUUCAUCGGUCGGAUCCUCGACGACGCAAGAUUCGCCGAGACGUUGUCGGGCUCCGUGCAGCGGGUUGUUCGCUCGAGCUACCUUUACGCUUUUCAAUUUGUGCCACUCAUUUCUGCAGCGUGCUCGAUGGUUAUGUUGCCCAUCAUCAUAUGGCAGAAGGAGGAGAGGAUCGAGUAA